CAACAAGCAAUCCGCCGACGCUACUCGGUUGCUGAUCGUCUGCCUUCGGACAUUUCUGCCUUUGCUUCUGACAUGGCCCCUAAUUCGGUCAACACCGCUGCUGCGCUGCCCAGGUAUGCUCCCGCUCGUGACCUAUCUCAGUCUCUAAAGGAGAGACACCUGAAUUAUUUCUCACACGACCGCCACGACAGCUCAAGUUCAGCACCCACAAUGCCUCCUCCGCCUCGCAAGGACGACCCCGUCCCCUUCAGACGAGGACAUGCCCGAGCCAAGUCCAGCGUGUCCAGUCUGAAUCGGCAGGUCAACAGACUUUCACUUACUUUGCCAAUUGCGCCCCCUACGAGCGACCCAUCUCGGCCAACCCCAACCUCUGCACACAUGUCUUCGGUACCCCCGACGCCUAUCGACUCGGGGUUGACAUCACCUGCUGACGCCAACGAAUUCAUCAUUGCAAUUGCUGCUCAGGAGAGACGAGUGCUGGAGCUACGUGAAGAGCUGUUCCGUGCAGAGGCAGAGCUUAACUCGCUCAAGAAGAGGUGGACUUCCCAGGAGAAGAAGGGUGAUCAAAUUCCCUUUGAGGCAUUCAGGAGUCCUGUUCUACCCUCCGAAGAAGAGAGUGGCUCAAACCGGCGGAGUGCCGAUAUGGAGAGGAGGAAGUUGCUACAGCAGAAUCAGACUCCGGCGACCCCCAGUCGACGAAGAGUCUUGCGCGGUGGGCACACGAGAACCCUUUCUCUGCUCUCGCCGGCGAAGCCAGACGUUGGGUUCUCGUUGCAUCAGGAUCGCGAUCAUGAAUUUGAGCCUGUCAGGCUACCUUCAAUAGAGCGCAGGACCGCUCAAUUAACAAACCCACACCUAGCCAAGCGUGCCUCAUGGCAGCCACGCAGCCAGCAGAACGCCGCCGUCCCCCAGGUUUUCGAGGAUUUCAAGACGGGUUUCAAGGCUUUCGUCGAGGACAUUCGCCAAAUCACUGUCGGAGACGAACCCAUCAGCGGCCAGACCGCUCAAUUGGGUCGGGAUCCAUCCAGGACUCAGGACACGAUUCGACCUAACCGACCUCUCCGACCCAAGGUGAGCACGGUCUUCGAGCCACCGCACACCGGCAAUGAGGUUAUGGAAGUCUCGGACAAAUCUACAACAUCGACUACGGGUACCAAGAACAAGACUGAACAGACCUCUCGCGAAAGGUCCAAGACUAAGAGUAAGCCAUUCUCGUGGCAGCCUCUCGGAUUUGACGCACUGGACGACAAUGACUGGUCCAACUGGGAGUCGCCGGCCUCAUCCUCAAAGACAUCCCGCUGGAGCGGCUCUACCAUGGGAAGUGGCGGUCUGGACGACCUGUCAGCCACUUCUGACGAUGGGGAGCCUAUUGACUCGCCAUCCAAGAAGAAGUCGACCGGUUACGAGACGCCCCUACUCUCCCCCAAGUUAGAGGAGAUCCUCCCCAACAUGGUCAAGGGCCUCUCACCCAGCAACCUCAAGCGCACCGCGACAAACCUAAUGGACGAGUGGGAGAGGUCCCUCACUGAUCCCCAAUAUCCUCAUCAGUCGCAGAACAAGGAGAACAACGCAUAG